AUCUGCUGGUCAACAAGCAUCCGGAGGAGAAGAUAUGUGAGGUGUUCACCAUAACACUGCCAGUUACCACCAAACACCAGCACAGAUGACCGGUUACUUACUGAGAUCAUUUCUGUUCAGCUGUGAACUCUCAUGGAAAGCCUCAGUUUGGGAUUUGUAACCAGGAAAACAUGGCAAAAUCAGGAGACCAUGCGGAGAGGUUCCUGCAGGAGAUCAGAGCUCAGCUUGUCUCUGAGGGGGAACCUGCCGGAGCCAUCAUGGAGACCUGGAUGUCUCUGACACCACAGGAACAAGUCAGGCUGCUGCUUCAGAUUCUGCAGGGAAAAACAUCACCUGAAGAGACACGUUCAGACCAGGACCCAGAGCCUCCAGCUGAGCGAGAACAGAGACAAGGGAGCAGCAGGAUGCUGGAAAAAGAUGGGGAAACCAAAAUGGAAAUAAUGGAAAAACAAAGACAACUAAUUAGUCAAAUAAUUGAAGACACUAAGAAAGUUUGGGAAGAGACACAAAGAGAAAGAAAAGAAACAAGUCACUUACUGAAGACGAAGAUGGAGCUGCAGCAGGACGCCAGCAGAUUGACAUCUGAAGAUUAUGAUUCUGUGAAAAUCAAGCUCCAGAAAUUUCACGAAAACAUGGGAAAACUUUUGGAUAACCUGGAAGUUAAAUUAACAUAUAUCCAAUCAGAAAGAGCUCAGUUAGAAAUAAUGAAAUUGGAAGUGAAGACAGAGAGAGAAAACAUGGAGAGAGACAGGAAGCUGGUUAAAGCAGAAAUGGAUGCCAUGACGAAUAUAAGGAAGAGUGCCGACCAGAAAAUGAAAGAACUUGAUGGCAAGUUACAAAUAAUAAGGACAGAGAUUAGAGAGUUGGAAGUCAUUAGCAGUGAAGUUGAGAUAAAGAAAAAAGACCUUGUAAAAAUGAUAAGAAAGAGCAGGCAAAAGAAGGAAGAUAUUAGCAAGCUGAAUGAGAAAAAGGAAGAAGUUCUGGAAGAAAUGGGAGACAGAAAAACCCAAAGUGGAGUGCAGAGAUCAGAGCUGGAAGCCAUGGAGGAUAUAACAGAACUGCAGCAGCACAAUAGAAGCAGAGAAAUAACGUCUGAGAACAAUAACAUGACCUCUGACAUGCAGAUGGAGGAUCCAGAUGAAGAGGAAAUCCAAGAAAUUUUUCAUACGAAGCAGUGCUGGAAGAACUUAGAAGAAGAAAGGAGCCAAAUGAAAUGGAUGAAUUUCCAAGUGAUGAAGAAGCGACGGGAGCUCAGCCACCAGCUGGAGAAAACCACCAGAGAGAGGGAUGAGUUAGAAAUCAUGAAGAUAAAAUUACUCCACCAAAAACAGGAAGUUGACAGAAGAAUGGACAAUAUAAUCCACACAGCUAUGACUCUGACUGAAAUAAAAGAUAACAUGAAAAAAUGUGCUGCAGAAAUGAACCUCACAAAAACAGAAAUCAUCAAAACCCAAAAGGAGGUGGAAGAGAGCAACAGCGAAGUCAAAAACUUUAAGGACAAGCUGAGAUCCAUAAAGGAUUUAGUCAGCAGAUGGAUGACACAGUCGACUAGCAACAAAACUUUGUCAGCGAAUCCAUGGAAUGAGAAUCCCUGCAAGUCCCAGAAAGAUGAAACAUCGGGAAUUCCAGGUAACAAACAUGAAGCAGAAAAUCAAAUUGCAGAAGAAGCUGUGUCUCUAAAACACGGCAUGAUAUCUGAAGAUCAUGAAGACGAGCAGCAAGAUGACGAGGUCAUCAGGGAAGAGUGGAGCUGUGUCUUGGAGACUCAGACAGAUACCCAGGAAAAAACACUGAUCGUCGAUCAAGAAACAACCUUACUGGUAAAUGUAAGGGAGAAGAUUGAAAUAGAAAAGCAAAUAUCUAAACUAAAGGAGCAGGAGGGAGAAAUGAAGGUGAAAAUACAGCAUGAUACAGAAAAUAUAAUGGAACAAGGUAAAGAGAUGAGAAGGCUGAUGACAGAAAUAGAUGAGCUGCAGAGUCAGAGGCCAAACACCGAAACUCAAAUCAGGGAAAAGCAAAAUGAGGAGGGAGCCAUGUUCAAAGAAAUACAGCACAAAUAUGUUUUAAUUUCAAGUACAAAUGUUCUCAAACAAAAAAUAAUGCAGUUAGAAAUGCAAGAUGAGGCUAAACGAGAGCCCGACUGCAUAAAACAAGAGUCAAAACAAGACGUGCAGACACAAACUGAGGGUACAGAGAGAGUUAACCAUGAAAAGAAGCUGGAAAGCUCUGACUUAUACAGACUUUGGUUAGAGAUCUGCAGAACUCAAGACACCAUAAGGAUGGUAAAACUAGAAUCUGGUUACCAAACUAAAAUAAGUAAGUCAGAUAUGGAGAGUGAAUAUGGAGAAAUUGAAAGAGUUCUUCAAGAAAUGAAGGAGUUGCAGGAGCUUUUGAAAAUGGUAAAAACUGCAAUGGAGCAAAAAAAACUGAAUGUCAGGGAAGAAAUAAGAAGCAUGAAAGCUGGGGUGAACAGAAAGAGACGAGAACUGGAUCAAAGGUUAGAGAAAACUUUAAGAGAGAGGGAUGAAUUAGACAUUUUGAAAAUAAAAAUACAGAGGCAAUCUGAAGAGACUCAGCAGAAGAUGGAGAAAAUAGAAAAAUACCGAAGCUCCAUAAAGAAAAUGGCUGCCAAGAUCAGAGAGAAAAAUGAAGAAAUGGACUUUAAUAUAAGGGAUAUGGAAAUAAAACUGAGGAUGGUUCAAGACCUGAACAGUACGGUUGAGGCUACAAAACAACAAAUGGAACAUAUUUAUCUUUUAAUAUCAAAAGAGUGGGCUGAGCUGGGAAAAUUCAGGUCUGAUGUCAGAAAGCAAAAGGAAAGGGAAUAUGUGGUUGUGAGGGAAAAGACACAAACAGAACCAGAAAAUAGUGACACUGAGCUGCCAAAAGAUGGAAUAAGUGAGGAAGAACAGGUUCAAAAACAAGAAAAGGAAACAGAGAGGGUGGAUGCAAGAAUAUCACAGCAUCAAACUGCAGCCGAGGCACAAAACAUGGACAUUUUAACAGAAAAUUCUAAACGACAGCAAGAAGAGCUGCACCUGAUUAAAAGAGAAAUGAGGGAAAUUGAGGUGCUGAAGUCAGAGCUGCAAAUAAAGACACGAGAAAAUCAACAAGUUCUUAGAAAAACCACAAGACAAAAGAAGGAAAAUGAAAUGAUAUUGAAUGAAAUCAAAGAGAAGACAAUGUCUCUGAGGAGAGAGACCAAAAAGAGAAGAAGAGAAUUAGACCGAAGGCUAGAGAAAACUUUGAGAGAAAGGGAUGCACUGGAAGUGUUGCGAUUAAAGAUGAAGCAACCAAAUGUUGAGCUGGUUGUGAAAAAGGUCAGUGUACAUGAAAAGACUUCUGUCAUUAAAGUACACAGCGAAAUUGACUCUGAACAUUUGGAAAGGACGGACAUAGCCAGUCUCAGGGAGGAAAGUGAAGUCAUAGACACCAGCUCAAAGCUUGCAGAUUCUAUCAAUGAUGUUCACAACAUAAAACAACAGAUCUGUGUUCAUUUGGAAACAAUCAGGAGAGAAAUUAAAAUUUUGGAGGAAGUAAAUGUUCAUUUAGGAAAACAAAGACAAGAACUUCAAACACUAAAAGCUCAUAACAUGAACAUGAGGGAAAACAUGAGCAGAUUAAACUCUCAAAUAAAGAGGACCAUGCAUGCAGAAACACGUGUAAAUGAAAUGGUCCAGAUUAACUCUGAAAUCCAAAGACAAAAAGAGGGACUUGAUAUCAGUCUGGAAAAGCUGAAAAGAGAGAGAAAUGAAAUGGAGGUGUUAAUGACUGAGUUGGAGAUUAAGAAAAGAGAAAAUCAACAGAUUGUUAGAAAAAACAUUCGAAAAGAGCAAGAAGUUCAACGAGUGUGGGACGAGAUCCAAGCAGAAAAAGAUGCCCUCAAGAGAGAAAGUCAGCGGAAAAAGAAGGAUCUGGACCAGAGACUGGAGAGGAUCAUAAGAGAGAGGGAUGCAGUAGAGAUCAUGAAGCUAAAGUUCAAAAAAGAAGCAGAAGAAUUCAGAAUGAUGGAAAAGAAGACAUCAGCAAAAACACAGUUUCCCAAACAAACUGAAAAGCAUGAUGUACUGAUUCAAAUAUGUAUUGACAGACAUGAGAGAAUCAAGACACAGACUGAUGUUAUAACUGCGGUGAUGGAGAGCUUAAAACAACAAAUCCAGAUUCAGGCAGAAAUCAUUACAACCUCAAGGAAAGACUCGGAGAGUAUCAGAAGUGAAAUGAAGGGAAUAAAGACCAUCAUUGUGUCUGCGUUAAGGAUUAUUAAAGCCAAGAAAAUGGUUUUAGAAGAAGCAGAAAAGCGUGAAAAGGAAGAAGAUCAGACAAUCACAAACAAAUCCAGUGUUUUAGACGAGAAAGAGACCGAACUGGAAACAGAGGCAAAAACAUUUAAACCUAAAAUGAUGAUGCUAAAAACUGAAAAACACAGAGCAGAUGACAAGGAACGACAACACCAUGAAACUGAUGAAAAUGACAAAUUAAAGACUAAAGGGAGAAAUGAAAGCAACCUGACAGAUUAUGAAGACCAAAUAAUAAAACAAAAAACAUACAGCGAGAAAGAGAAGGGUGAAAAGAAGGAAUUGGAAGAGGAGAAAGCAGUAAAAUUUGGUAAAACAAAAAUGAAAACACACACCAAAAAGAAAGUAGAUGAUGUGAUUAGAAAGACAUGUAUUAAGGAAACAGAAAAACUGGACUUGAAAGAAAUUGAAUCUGGAAUCCAGAAUCAAUAUGACAUGUUAGAACAAGCAAGACAAGCAUUGAAAGACGAAAGAGAACAAAUGGAAAUCAUCAAGACUGAACUAGAAAAGAAGAGAGAAGAAGCAAACAGUCUGUUUGAAGAUAUAAUUGGAGAGAAAAGAAAACUCAAUGACCUCAACCUUCAUGUCAAGACUCAAAGACAACAACUUGAGGAUGCCAUGGAAACAAUGGUCUUGAAAGAAAAAGAAAGACAAAUCCAACAUGAAGAAUUCACAAGACAAACACAAGAACUGGAAACCAAAAUGAAGAAAGUUGAGGCAGACAGACAAGAGUUGGACGCUCUUGUGGAAAGUACCAACACAAUGAAAGAACAGGUUGAAACUGACAUGAUUAACAUCCAGGAAGAAAAAGAACAGGUCAGUCAAAUAAAGAUGGACAUCGACAAAGACAGAGAUAUGCUUCUAUCUGAGAAAGAAAGACUAGAGGAAGAAUGGUCCCAGCUGAAAAUGAGAGAAGAACAACUUUUGAAGGACAUGGCAUCAACAGAAACUCUCAAAAUGAAACUUCAACAACUCAAAGAAAGAAAGACCGACAACUUCAGACAGAGAAUGGUCCAAUUACAACAGAAUAAUGAAGGUGUUCAGAAGUUGUACAAUGUAUUGGAAGAAAAGCUUGUAGACUUUGAUCAACAGAAAGAAAACAUGGUUUCUUACACUGAGACAUUGGAAAAACAAAUGUUGGCCCUGAGAAGUCUUCUGUUGGACGCAAUCACACAGAGAGAAGCCAUGGAUAACCAACGGACGCAAAUGAUUGAGUUUGAUCAACCACGUGCUGAUGAGCUAAAAGAAAGGAUUAAACAAGACAGAGAGGAUCUGGAUAGAGAGACUGACAUGAUGCAGAAAGAGAAACUGGAUUUGGAGAAAAUGAAGGCUGAAAUCCAGAAUCAAUAUGACAUGUUAGAACAAGCAAGACAAGCAUUGAAAGACGAAAGAGAACAAAUGGAAAUCAACAAGACUGAACUAGAAAAGAAGAGAGAAGAAGCAAACAGUCUGUUUGAAGAGAUAAUUGGAGAGAAAAGCAAACUCAAUGACCUCAACCUUCAUGUCAAGACUCAAAGACAACAACUUGAGGAUGCCAUGGAAACAAUUGUCUUGAAAGAAAAAGAAAGACAAAUCCAACAUGAAGAAUUCACAAGACAAACACAAGAACUGGAAACCAAAAUGAAGAAAGUUGAGGCAGACAGACAAGAGUUGGACGCUCUUGUGGAAAGUACCAACACAAUGAAAGAACAGGUUGAAACUGACAUGAUUAACAUCCAGGGAGAAAAAGAACAGGUCAGUCAAAUAAAGAUGGACGUUGACAAAGACAGAGAUAUGCUUCUAUCUGAGAAAGAAAGACUAGAGGAAGAAUGGUCCCAGCUGAAAAUGAGAGAAGAACAACUUUUGAAGGACAUGGCAUCAACAGAAACUCUCAAAAUGAAACUUCAACAACUCAAAGAAAGAAUGACCGACAACUUCAGACAGAGAAUGGUCCAAUUACAACAGAAUAAUGAAGGUGUUCAGAAGUUGUACAAUGUAUUGGAAGAAAAGCUUGUAGACUUUGAUCAACAGAAAGAAAACAUGGUUUCUUACACUGAGACAUUGGAAAAACAAAUGUCGGCCCUGAGAAGUCUUCUUUUGGACGCAAUCACACAGAGAGAAGCCAUGGAUAACCAACGGACGCAAAUGAUUGAGUUUGAUCAACCACGUGCUGAUGAGCUAAAAGAAAGGAUUAAACAAGACAGAGAGGAUCUGGAUAGAGAGACUGACAUGAUGCAGAAAGAGAAACUGGAUUUGGAGAAAAUGAAGGCUGAAAUCCAGAAUCAAUAUGACAUGUUAGAACAAGCAAGACAAGCAUUGAAAGACGAAAGAGAACAAAUGGAAGUCAACAAGACUGAACUAGAAAAGAAGAGAGAAGAAGCAAACAGUCUGUUUGAAGAGAUAAUUGGAGAGAAAAGCAAACUCAAUGACCUCAACCUUCAUGUCAAGACUCAAAGACAACAACUUGAGGAUGCCAUGGAAACAAUUGUCUUGAAAGAAAAAGAAAGACAAAUCCAAGACGAAGAAUUCACAAGACAAACACAAGAACUGGAAACCAAGAUGAAGAAAGUUGAGGCAGACAGACAAGAGUUGGACGCUCUUGUGGAAAGUACCAACACAAUGAAAGAACAGGUUGAAACUGACAUGAUUAACAUCCAGGGAGAAAAAGAACAGGUCAGUCAAAUAAAGAUGGACGUUGACAAAGACAGAGAUAUGCUUCUAUCUGAGAAAGAAAGACUAGAGGAAGAAUGGUCCCAGCUGAAAACGAGAGAAGAACAACUUUUGAAGGACAUGGCAUCAACAGAAACUCUCAAAAUGAAACUUCAACAACUCAAAGAAAGAAUGACCGACAACUUCAGACAGAGAAUGGUCCAAUUACAACAGAAUAAUGAAGGUGUUCAGAAGUUGUACAAUGUAUUGGAAGAAAAGCUUGUAGAAUUUCAACAUGAUAUCAAGAGAUUUCAGCAUAAAAUUCAUUCUAUAUUCAUUUCCACAUUUGAACAGAUGUCAGAAACUGAGAGCUAUGACAUGAGCAGUUCUAAGUUGAUGCAACAAGAGAAAGACAAUUUAUUGAUAACACAUUGUGACAAGGCUUCACAAACUGAAUUGUUGUAUCAUGACGAUGCAGAGAAAAAUGACUGGAAUAGCUAUGACGAAUUAGAGCUUGAGAGGUACAUUUCAAGGUGUCAUGAGUCUGAUCAUACAUUUGAGGAGAAGCAGAAAUCUACUGAAGAUAAAGUUAAUCUGAUUGUAGACACCAGUUUAAAGAAACAUGAGAGGGAAGGUCCUCCAUCAGAUCAAAAGGAACCGACAAAUGUAUGGAAUGAGAGGCCUUCAGCCACAAUCAAGAUGUUCAAGCAAGAAGAUGCAUUCACCAGUGAGGAAAAAAGAGACUGCUUGCGAAAGAUAUGGAAAGACACCCGGAUAGAACGACAGGAGAUCAGUCAAAUGAAACACAGGGGCCAGGAGAUCAAAAACAAUUUGGAGAAAAGACUUAAAGUCGUCAAUAGGUUUGUUAAGAGAACAUUGUUUCACAAAGAGAAGACAUCAAUGGAGAAGCAAGCACCAACUGAGGACAUAUUGACUAAAAGUGACUGGGACAAAGACAGAAAAUCACUCAUCAAAAAAUAUGCUGAGCUUCAUCAACUUAAAGUCCACAUGCUUAGUGAAAUGGAAAACCUCUAUGUCACAGAAAAGGUUUCUAAGACAGUGACAACCACUGAAAAAGCUAACCAGACAUCUCAGGAGGAUCUGACCCCAUGUAGUGCAGUCAGAGAAGAAGAAAUGAGAGUCGAGGUAACUGAGGCAGCUCCAGAAGCAUCAAGUGGACUUUUCCGUCAACUCCAGCAUUAUUGCUGUCGCUGCUGUUGCCGCUGUUGUUCCUGCCAAAAACAUGCAUGCUCUGCUGAAAAAUGAAAGGCACUGUCAUCCUCCCCUGGUUUAUUUCCUGUCUUUUUAGACAACAAGUGAUUCUGUUUAUACCGGAUACCUGAACGUUAUCAGUCUGCUGUUACAUUUAAUUAUUUCAACAAUCCACAAAAUAUUUACACUUUUUAAAUUUAGUCCUCUGACUCCAAAUAUCAAGUAUAUCAAUAUAAAGUUUUUAUUGUGUUCAUGUUUCAUGCUUUAAAACAUAUAGAAUUAGAGCAAUGCAUUUGUUUGCUGAUAUAAAGGUCAAGGUGUCCCUGAUAAGAAAAGGAGAGAGUUGUGUACUCAGCUAGUUUAAAAGAGAAUGCUUACUUUUGACUUUGCAGUAUGAAAUAUAAUUAAAUUUAAUUUUAAGUUUAUAAGAAAUGAGAUGGUGAGAUUAUUGUUGAUGUAACUUGAUGAUUUUCUCCUUUCUUUCUUUCUUUCUUUCUUUCUUUCUUUCUUUCUUUCAAAAACAAUUAAAUGAUUAUCUAAACUAACUACAACCCUGAAAGAUUUGCAUGUAAUAAAAUUACGUUUAAAUAAAAAUAUGUUGACAAUCAGUCUUAAAAAGAGUAUAUGUUGAAUAAAGUACUUCUUUGAAUAGAACUGCAAAGUAUCCAUUCCUUUUAAUUAUUUAAAUUUGUCCGCAUUACCUAGUUAUAGUGUAAUCUGCUUUGGUCUUGUGCUCAAAACACCAAAACAGAAUUUCAAGAGUUUGUUAGAAGAGUAAGAAAUCAUGGUCUAUGAAAGUUAAAGUGUAAAUAUUAUAUAAUAAUUUUAUUUAAACUUUUUCUUUUAUAUUUCUUAGCUUUAAAAAUUUGGCAUAUGUUUGGAUUUAAUCAGGAAGAAAUGUUUCUCAGGACUGCCCUGAACUCUAUUUCCAUAACCUUCUUGUUUGCUAAGGUAUAUGAAUAUUCUAAUUAAACAUGAUCAUAAAUAAACUCCAGAAGAAAAUCCACAAAUGUGUUGUAUAAUCUCUUAUUUUACUAUCCACAAAUAUCUGUUGUGUGAACAAAAACGCAGAAUAAUGUACAACUUAAAGGGACAUUCUGUAACUUUUUCUGUUUCUGUUGUUUACUGGCCAAAAUCAACAUCUUGCAUGUAUGUGUCAUCAUUGGUGUAUUAUGACCCCCGCUAAUGAUCUGACACAUUCUUGUGAGCAAAGAAUUUUACACUUGUUCAUACCAAGUGGCAAACUCCAGCGGUGAAAUGU